AUGAAUAUUAUUAUUAUAUCCCUAAUAUUAUGUUUAUUGAACUGUUCAUAUACUUUGAGUGCACCAUCAACAACAUUAUUCCCUAAACGAGACACAUUUAAUCCAACAAGUGCAUUUAAUUCAGCUAUUAAUGCCACAUGGUCAGUAUUUUGGAAUGAUCAAUAUCAAGCAUUUUCUGAAAAUGAUCCCGCAUGCUCAAUGACAAGUACAAAUAAUUUCACAUAUACUUCAGUUUGGAAUUUAGCAGUUGCUGGUAAAGUCAUUGUUGAAUCUGGUGAUAUUUUUAAAACCAUUAAUGUAAUUAACAAUUUAUAUCAAUAUCAAAAUUCUCAAGGUUGGUUUGCCACCGUACCUAAUUCUUCAGAAAGUUUUGUUGAUGAUAAUUGUCAAGUAUUGUGGGUUUUCAUUGAAGCUUAUAAAUUGACAUCAAAUGCAAAAUAUUUAUCUACAGCAAAUCAAUUGAUGCAAUUGAUUCAACAACAAUGGUCGAAUAUUGGUGGAGUGAUUUGGAAAGUGGAUUCUAAUUAUAUUGCCUCGAUUUCAACUGUGGAAGCAGCUUUAAGUGCGGUUAAAAUAUAUCAAUAUAAUCAAGAUGAUACAUUAUUGACAUUUGCUAAUAGUUGUCUUGGUUGGUUGGAUGAACAUUUAACUGACCCUGCAGAUGGAUUCUAUUAUGAUGGAAUUGAUAAAAAUACUUGGCAAGUAAAUAAAGGGAAAUUAACUUAUACCAUUGGUGUUGCUAUGUCAACAUAUUCAUAUCUUUAUAAAUAUACCAAUGAUUUACAUUAUGUUUUAUAUGCCGUUAAAAAAGCUUAUGGUACUUUAAAUUCCAAUGUUUUUUUAAGAAGUAAUGGAUAUUGGAAUAAUGAUUUGAAAUAUAUACAUUUAUUAUUUGCCGGAUUUGCUGAUGUAAUUACCAUGUGUGGUCAAAAAGGUUAUAUUGCUAAUGUUGUCAAACAAGGUGAAUUUAUUUAUAAUUAUGAUCAAUUGCCAAAUUCUUUAGGGAGUUAUCUUGAUUUCACAAAUUCACAACCUUUAUACAACCGGUAUGUACAAUCAACUGGUGAUUCAAGUAUUACUAUGGGUAGUAGUAAUGGUGGUGGUGGUGCUAGUGAAAAUGGCUAUUGUGGUAAUCAACCAAAACGAUCUUUAUUGGAUAAUGCUUCUGCAGCACAAAUAUUUUAUCAAAUUAGCCGUUUCUACUAA